AUUGUUUGAGACAAAACAUCUAGAUGUGGGAAAUGUAGCCAGAAAUCUCAGUUGAUAGAGGAAUCAGGGCCCCAGUUAGAAUUCUGGUCUGAUAUGUCUGGAAAACACACAAUUUACUUUGCUGGCAGCAUAAGGGGAGGUCGACAGGAUGCAGAAUUGUACCUUCGAAUUGUGUCCCAGUUGAAAUCCUAUGGCACUGUGCUAACUGAGCAUGUAGCAAGCCCAACAGUUGAGACUGAUGAGGAUAGCACUGGUUUGACAGAUGUACAGAUACAUAACAGAGAUAUGGACUGGUUAAAUCAAUGUGAUGUAGUGGUCGCAGAGGUGACACAGCCCUCUUUGGGAGUAGGGUACGAGAUAGGCAGAGCUUUUGCCCUAAACAAAACCAUUAUUUGUCUUUUCCGGUCUGAUUCAGGAAAGAAAUUAUCAGCAAUGAUAUCUGGAGCAGUGGGAAAGAAUUUCCAUGUUUACAACUAUAAAGAAGAACAAGUGCCUGAAAUUCUUGCUAAACACCUCAAGUGAACUAAGGGACUUUGUCCAUAUAGUUUUAGAAGAUUUUUAACCAGUAUUCUAUUAAGACUUCCUCAAACAGAAAUGAAAUAUUGUGGAAAAAACUAUGUUAUACACAUAUAUUAAUUGGUGCUUAUUUCUCUAUAGAUAGUGUGUUUUUAUAUGAUUUAAUACAUUCUUGUGAUUUUAAAUUGAAAAUGUAAUUUUGGUGUCCAUUAUGUGACAGAUACUCAGUAGUUGUCUGGGAGAGCUCACACAUUGACUGUUCCACAGAUGAUCAGAUAUUCUUGUAGAAUUGUUAUGUGUCUGUUGACACAGAUGAAUAAAUGUUAAUUGACACAGAUGAAUAAAUGUUAAUUGAA